GUGGUGGUUAAAUGAAAUUCGAUUAAAUUUCUUAACGUAACUGGUUCGGAGUUGACGACCCAAAUAAAUUGUGAUUUUAUUCCAGAAAUGUUUGUCUGUUGUUUAUUUACGAUUUGUGAAAGUGCUUUGUGCUUUGUCGUAUGGUGAAAAUAGUUUGUUUUUUUUUCGCUUGUGUGUUUAAUUCGACCAUUUGAAUCAACAGAUAUACUACGUUGCAUUUUGUGAAAAUAUUUUUAUUUGAAUCGGGUGGCUUUUCAUUGAUAACAAAAAUCAAUCGGCUAUAAAACAGUUGAGUGGAAACGGUCUGAUUUUGGUAUUUAUGGACUUUAUUGGCCAUGCGAUUUGGAUACCGAUUGCAAUACCACAGAAGGUGCAUUUUGCUUAAACAAUGUGUGUCAAUGUUCGGUCGGCUAUGUGUUUUCUGAGGACAUAACUACUUGCAUCAAAGAAUCGUUGUAUGGAGAGGAAUGUGUUGCCAGUAGUCAAUGCUCUCAUAUGCUUACCGGAUCAAAAUGUACUGGUGUUUGCGAAUGUGUCGAAGGUUACAGCUAUAUCAGAGGAAGAUGCAAACAAUUGGUCGAACUACACAGUCCCUGCACUCAGGAUACUGACUGCUUCUUUGGAUAUGAUAGAGAUUCCGUUGUUUGCAAGGAAAAUUUGUGCGAAUGUUCCGAAGACUUUUACGAAAGGUCUGAGAACAUAUGUCGUCGCAAAUCUAUGAAUGCGGGUGAUCCAUGUGCGGUACAUCAGGAUUGCCAUGGCGAUAAUUUAGAAUGUAUAAGCUUAAGUUGCACACCAACCACAGAUUCGACAAACACCAAUAACGGUAGACGAUUAUCGCGUGAAAUCGGAAUACAGACAAGCAUUGACGUUAUUGAAACCAAAGACGUAUCCACUUCCAUCGACAAAUCGACUAUACUCAUUCCACACAAAACGCCAAGAGUCCAAGGACGGCAAUUUGGCACCGCGUGUCCGACAGAGAAUGCACCUUGCGACGGUUUUUCUCAUUCUGUAUGCUUACAAGGAACGUGCCAAUGUCGAAAGGGCUACUACCUAAAGGACGACUUAUGUAAAGCGGAGAUCGGAGAAGUAGCGGACACGGCAGAAUUAUGUGAGGGCACCGAUGCCUUUUAUGAUGCCACAACAAGGAAAUGUUCCUGCAUUAGAAAUUAUUUCGCUUUAAAUAACCUAAGGUCAUGCAUCAAACCAAGUCCAAGUUUUGCCAAUUCAUGUACCGAACAAAGUCAAUGUACUCCAUAUGGUGCAGCGUACUGUCCCGGUUUAGAUCAGCGAAGAAUAUGCACAUGUCAUAAUUAUGCUGUGUACGAUGCAAAUACUCAACUAUGUGUUCCGAAAACUGGGCUGGGUUCCCUCUGUCGGCCAACGGCGGAUGAUUGUUCGACUAGGGAAGCGAAUACCGUUUGCAGUACCAAUAACAAUUUGUGUUCAUGCCAAGAAAAGUACAUUGAGAUUGACGGAAAGUGUAGACCGGGUGAAAAUGUCAACUGUGCCCAAGACUCCGAUUGUGCCAUGAAAAAUUCCGAAUGUACUGAUGGUGGUACCGAAACGAACAAUAAAGUGUGUAAAUGUAGAAAAGGUUUUCUGUUUGUCAACGACGAUUGUCUGAAAGAAGCAACUGAAUACAACGAAGAGUGCAUCGAUACUGAACAGUGCAAACCUCUUCUGGGAGACUUGGGAAAAUGCGUCGACUUCAAAUGUGCUUGUGAAGAGCAGCUACAUUACAAUCAAGGAAAAUGCUACGAAAAGCGAGCUCUGGGAGAAAAAUGUUCUCGUCCAGCUGAAUGUUUUGUGACCGCCGAACCCGACCAAAUCGAAUGUAGAAAUGCAGUGUGCGAAUGCCCGUUCGGAACUCAAAAAGACGUGGAGCGACAAGUUUGCAGACCUGUUGCAAAGAAAAAUUCUUCCGAUCGACCAAGCGUUCUUAAAGUAAUCACCUUGUUGUUAACAACAGCGGCAAUUUUAAUAACCACUGCCGCCAUCAAGGAAGCAUAUUACUAGCAAUAUUUUGUAUAUAAUAAGAUUAAUUCAAUUAAAAACUAGUUAUCGGAAACAGAAUUUUAUUUAAUUAGGUAAUUUUCAAAAGCUUUUUACUUGAGAAUAGUAAAAUUAGAAUUACGUUAGUUAGUAGAAGAAAAUUUAAAAUUCCUUAUACACUUGAUUGAUAUUAUAAUUACAUUGAAUUUGUUAUAAAA